CACCCCAUUGGCUGCCCAUCUUCCCGGGCCCCCGUGUGUAACUGCGGAGAGCGGAAGCGGCGCUGUGUAUUGUCUGCGGGAGGAAGAGGAGGGGAACCGGGGGUCAGGCUCGUAGACCGAGGCUGUGCUGUCCGUGCGCUACACACGGUGCCUGCGUCAUUGAUGCACCCGCUACACAUGAGGCGCCCCCGCCGGCCGCACUGCACCGGGAGGCUGUAGCACGGCGGCCGCACUGCACCGGGAGGCUGUACCGGGCUGCGCCGUCUUUUUAUCCUGUUUUUAUAUUAAUUUAUUGGGGUGAGAGCCUGGCUCACUCGCAGCCCCAGGGACCCAGGCGCAGGGACUCUGGCAGCGCUAGGCCACAUCCCCGGUGCGACGUGCAAGGCGAGGCCCAGGGCUGCACGCAUACAGACGGGCUGUGUGAGCCUACAUCUGCCUUCUAGCAGGGGAGGAGCCGGCGGCACAAUAGCAGCUGCCUCUCGCAGCUAUUAGUACGCGGCUACCGCAGUCCUCUGGGAGGAGGAGGAAGAAGAAGAUGUCUAAAUUAACUGGAGAAGGCGGAGGAGGAGCCGGAGGAGUAGGAGGCACCGGGGGACUCACUUGGGUGACUUUGUUUGACAACCAGAAUAAUGCAGCAAAAAAAGAGGAAGGUGAAAAAGGUGAAAGCAAUAAUAAGAACGACUCUAAGAAGAUGUCUGUUGAGAGGGUUUACCAGAAGAAGACUCAGCUUGAGCACAUCCUCCUAAGGCCUGACACGUACAUCGGAUCUGUGGAACCUGUCACACAGGCAAUGUGGGUUUUUGAUGAAGACAUUGGAAUGAAUUGCCGGGACAUUACUUAUGUGCCAGGAUUAUAUAAAAUAUUUGAUGAAAUUCUGGUCAAUGCAGCUGACAAUAAGCAAAGGGAUAAAAACAUGAGUUGCAUUAAAAUUUCUGUUGAUCCCGAAUCUAAUAUCAUUAGCAUAUGGAAUAACGGCAAAGGAAUUCCAGUGGUAGAACACAAAGUGGAGAAAGUCUAUGUUCCUGCUCUGAUUUUUGGACAAUUAUUGACCUCAAGCAACUAUGAUGAUGAGGAGAAAAAAGUUACAGGGGGGCGUAAUGGUUAUGGUGCUAAACUUUGCAAUAUAUUCAGUACAAAAUUCACAGUGGAAACUGCUUGCAAGGAAUACAAACACAGCUUUAAACAGACAUGGAUGAACAAUAUGCUUAAAACCACUGAACCGAAGAUCAAGCAUUUUGAUGGGGAUGAUUACACAUGUAUUACAUUCCAGCCAGAUCUAUCCAAAUUUAAAAUGGAUAAACUAGAUAAGGACACUGUUGCCCUCUUAACAAGGCGAGCUUAUGACAUUGCAGGGUCCUGCAAAGGCGUUCGAGUUCUUCUCAAUGGAAAGAAGCUGCCUGUAAAUGGAUUCCGUAGCUACGUAGAUCUUUACGUAAAGGAGAAACUGGAUGAAACCGGUGUUGCAUUGAAAGUAAUACAUGAAGUUGUGAAUGAUCGGUGGGACGUGUGUCUCACACUGAGUGAAAAAGGCUUCCAACAGAUCAGCUUUGUAAAUAGUAUAGCUACCACAAAGGGUGGUAGACAUGUAGAUUAUGUAGUGGAUCAAAUAGUCUCUAAACUUAUUGACGUUGUGAAGAAGAAGAAUAAGGCUGGAGUUUCUGUGAAGCCCUUCCAGGUUAAGAAUCAUGUAUGGGUUUUUGUCAAUUGUUUGAUUGAGAAUCCCACCUUUGACUCUCAGACAAAAGAGAACAUGACCCUUCAGGCGAAGAGUUUUGGCUCCAAGUGCCCACUUUCAGAGAAGUUUUCAAAAGCGGCAUCAAAUUGUGGCAUAGUGGAAAGUAUUCUGAACUGGGUGAAAUUUAAGGCCCAGACACAGCUAAACAAGAAGUGUUCAUCUGUGAAGCACAGCAAAAUUAAAGGCAUUCCCAAACUGGAUGACGCAAAUGAUGCUGGUGGCAAGCAUUCUCUGGACUGCACUCUUAUCCUGACAGAAGGAGACUCCGCCAAGUCCCUGGCUGUUUCCGGCUUGGGUGUCAUAGGACGAGAUCGGUAUGGAGUGUUCCCUCUCAGGGGGAAAAUCCUCAAUGUACGGGAAGCCUCGCACAAACAGAUAAUGGAAAAUGCAGAAAUUAACAACAUCAUUAAAAUUGUUGGUUUGCAAUACAAGAAAAGUUAUGAUGAUCAAGAAUCCCUCAAAUCUUUGCGUUAUGGAAAAAUCAUGAUUAUGACCGAUCAGGAUCAAGAUGGCUCCCAUAUUAAAGGCUUAUUGAUUAACUUUUUCCAUCACAACUGGCCAUCCCUGCUGAAACACAGUUUUCUUGAGGAGUUCAUUACUCCAAUUGUUAAGGCAACGAAAAGUAAACAGGAGAUGGCUUUCUACAGUAUUCCUGAGUUUGAUGAAUGGAAAAAACAAAUAGAAAACCAGAAACUGUGGAAGAUAAAGUACUACAAAGGUUUGGGUACGAGUACUGCAAAAGAAGCUAAAGAGUAUUUUGCUGACAUGGACAGACACCGAAUUAUUUUCCGAUAUGUCGGCCCAGAGGAUGAUGCCGCAAUCACUCUGGCUUUCAGCAAAAAGAAAAUUGACGACCGAAAAGAAUGGCUCACAAACUUUAUGGAGGACCGGCGCCAACGCCGGUUGCACGGGUUACCUGAGCAAUUCUUGUAUGGUACAGCCACAAAGCACUUGACUUUUAAUGACUUCAUUAACAAAGAGCUGAUCCUGUUCUCUAACUCGGACAAUGAACGGUCCAUUCCUUCUCUUGUUGAUGGCUUCAAACCCGGACAAAGGAAAGUGCUGUUCACUUGUUUUAAAAGAAAUGAUAAGCGUGAAGUGAAAGUUGCUCAGCUGGCUGGUUCUGUGGCUGAAAUGUCUGCUUACCAUCAUGGGGAACAAGCACUGAUGAUGACCAUUGUGAACCUGGCACAGAAUUUUGUGGGAAGUAACAAUGUCAGUUUACUGCAGCCCAUCGGUCAAUUUGGCACACGGUUACAUGGUGGCAAAGACGCUGCUAGUCCUCGUUAUAUUUUCACAAUGUUAAGCCCACUGGCAAGAUUAUUAUUCCCUGGUAUGGAUGAUAAUCUGCUCAAGUUCCUGUAUGAUGAUAACCAGAGAGUGGAACCAGAGUGGUACAUGCCUAUUAUACCUAUGGUCUUGAUCAACGGGGCUGAAGGUAUUGGUACUGGAUGGGCCUGUAAACUUCCCAAUUAUGAUACCAGAGAGAUUGUGAAUAAUGUGAAGAGAAUGCUGGAUGGCUUGGAUCCAUACCCCAUGCUUCCAAGCUACAAGAACUUCAAAGGUACAAUUCAGGAGAUUGGUCAGAACCAGUAUGCUGUGAGUGGGGAGGUCUAUGUUCUUGAUAGAAAUACUGUUGAAAUCACAGAGCUCCCUGUCAGGACAUGGACUCAGGUUUACAAGGAGCAGGUUUUAGAGCCUAUGCUUAAUGGGACAGAGAAAACGCCAGCUCUGAUAUCAGACUACAAGGAAUACCAUACUGACACAACUGUGAAAUUCGUUGUCAGGAUGACAGAAGAGAAGCUGGCUCAGGCAGAAGCUGCUGGCUUGCACAAAGUCUUCAAACUGCAGACCAGUCUUACUUGUAAUUCUAUGGUAUUGUUUGAUCACAUGGGCUGUCUGAAAAAGUAUGACACUGUACAAGACAUUUUGAAGGAGUUCUUUGAUUUAAGGUUACAUUACUAUACCCUGCGGAAAGAGUGGCUAAUAGGAAUGCUGGGAGCGGAGACUGCUAAACUCAACAAUCAAGCCAGGUUUAUUCUUGAGAAGAUCCAAGGGAAGAUCACUAUAGAGAACAAAAGCAAGAGAGAUCUAAUUCAGAUGUUGGUGCAGAAGGGUUUUGAGUCUGACCCUGUGAAAUCAUGGAAGGAAGCCCAGGAAAAGGCUACGGAGGAAGAUGAUCUCCAAGAUCAGACUGAGGACAGUUCCUCAGACUACGGCACUGCAUCAGGGCCGGAUUUUAACUACAUUCUCAAUAUGUCUCUGUGGAGCCUUUCUAAAGAGAGAGUAGAUGAGCUGAUUAGACAGAGGGAUGUAAAGGGAAAGGAGCUCAAUGACCUAAAGAGAAAAUCUCCACCAGACCUCUGGAAGGAAGACUUGGCAGCUUUUGUUGAAGAACUUGAUAAAGUGGAGGCCCAGGAGAAAGAGGAUGUUUUAGCUGGUUUUGCAGGGAAGGCCAUAAAAGGAAAGGUUGGCAAACCAAAAAUGAAGAAGCUUCAGCUGGAAGAGACAUUGCCCUCAAUGUAUGGCAGAAGGAUAGAACCCCAGAUUAGUGCAAUGAAAGCUGAUGUCAGCAAGAAGAUGCUCAAGAAAAAGAAGGGUGAAAUUGACUCCUUAGCGCUAAAACUGGAAUUUGAUGAUGAGUUUGGCUCAACUCCGGCAGAGGGCGGUGGGGAAGACUCUCAGACAACUACUCCAGUGAAACCUGUAAAACCGAAGCGGGAGCGAAAAGAGAGAGAACCCGGCCCUCGAGCCAAGAAGAACUCUCUGACUCCGAAGUCCUCGGUCAAGAAAGGAAAGAAGAGGAACCCCUGGUCAGAGGAUGAAUCCAAGUCAGACAGUGACAUAGAAGAGGCAGAAGUAGUGGAACCUUUGGUUAUUCCUCGGGAUAACUUAUUGAGGAGAGCAGCCGCUGAAAGACCCAAGUAUACAUUUGACUUUUCUGAAGAAGAAGAUGCAGAUGAUGAUGACGAUGAGCAAAUUAUUAGUAAUAACAACAACUUGGACGACUUGAAGCCGCUGUCGUGUUCUGUUCCCAAUAAUCAGAAUGACGAUGCCCACUCAGACAGUCCGGAGAAGGAGGAAUACGAUUUAUCUCCUUUCAAAUCCACUGAAAAGUCAUCAGAGACACAAAAAAAGAAGGAUGUUGAUGACAUAUUUUCCUCCACCUCGUUCUCUGAAAAAGUUGAUGAUGAUACUGCAAAAUAUAACAGUGAUGACGAUGAACCCUCUCCCCUCUAUACAUCAGGGUACAGCUACAAAUCUAAAGAAAAAACGCCCAGUAAAGUAUCUAAGAAAGAUGCAGCAAUAUACAACAGUGAUGAUGAUGAUGACGACGAAUCUUCCCCCCUGUUAUCCUCAACGCUCACCUACAAGUCUAAAGAAAAACCAGCCAGCAAAACAUCUACUAAGAAAGAAGAUGCACCGAAAUACACCAGUGACGACGACGAAUCUUCCCUCUUCUCUUCAACGUUCAGCUACAAGUCUAAAGAAAAACCAGCCAGCAAAGCUUCUACUAAGAAAGAAGAGGCACCAAUAUACAACAGCGAUGAUGAUAGUUCUUCCCCGCUUUUAUCCUCACCAUUUUCAUACAAGUCUAAUGAAAAACCAGCCAGCAAAGCAUCUACUAAGAAAGAUGAUGCACCAAAAUACAUCAGUGACGAUGAAGAAUCGUCUCCGCUCUUAUCUUCGUUCACCUACAAGUCUAAAGAAAAGCCAGCCAGCAAAGCAUCUGCUAAGAAAGCAAAAACCUCUUCAGAUGGAACCCCGAAACAAAGACGGACGCCGAAGCCAAAGAAGUCUGAAGUUUUUGUUCAUUCGGACUCCGAAUUAGAGUUUGGAGCUCCAAAGAAAUCUACAACGCCCAAAGCAAAAGGAAGAGGAAAAAAAAGAAAAACAUCUGACUCUGAAAAUGAAGGAGAUUAUAAUCCUGGGAAGAAAUCAGCUUCAAAGCCAGCAUCCAGCAAAAAGUCCAAGAAAUCAGUAAUGGACAUUGAUUCAGACGUGGACAUUUUUCCAUCGGAAGUCAGUUCUGAAAGUGCGACGCGACAGAGGCCUGGCCGGGCAAGGAAAGAAGUAAAAUAUUUUGCAGAGUCUGAUGAAGAAGAUGAUGAUUUUGUUAUGUAUUAGUUAUGUGCCCGAAGAGCACAAAAAUGUUUUCCAACAAAGUAUCUUGUGUAGUCCUUUUGUCCCUCCUGUUGCAGACUUUUGUACAUUGUCUUAUUUUAUGUGAUGACGUAAUUGAUGUUUUUUAUUAUCGUGUAGGCAUUUUAACAUUUGUUGUUACACAUACAGAUUUCUGCUCUUUUUUACUCAUGAAAUGUCAUGUACUCUGUUCCAAUUUGCCUUGUAGAAAUGUUUUAGACAGCUGUGCCCAAGCACACAUUUUAACUGUCCUGAUCAAAUACAGAGUGGGGGGGUCGGGGAUAUAUACAAAAACAAAACACAGCAACCCUGCUUUUUGAAAUGAAGACAAAACAUUAAAAAAAAAUAGAAAGCAAA